GCUCAGUCGGCGCGGGCGGGCGCUCGGGCCUGGAGCUGCCGCGGCGGGAGCGCCAUGGAGCCCUUCCCGCACGAUCGGCUUCAGCUCCCCAGGAAUAUGAUCGAAAACAGUAUGUUUGAGGAAGAACCAGAUGUAGUGGAUUUAGCCAAAGAGCCUUGUUUACAUCCUUUGGAGCCUGAUGAGGUAGAGUAUGAGCCCCGGGGAUCACGCCUGCUGGUGCGGGGCCUUGGUGAGCACGAGAUGGAUGAAGACGAAGAGGACUAUGAGUCAUCUGCCAAGCUGCUGGGCAUGUCCUUCAUGAACAGAAGCUCGGGCCUUCGGAACAGUGCAGGCGGCUACAGGCCGAAUACAGAGGGAGUGUGUUCUGUGCCCUCUGCCAGGACUAUGGUGGUCUGUAUGUUCGUUAUCGUGCUUGCCAUUUCGGUGAUCAUGGUCAUCUAUCUCUUGCCCAGAUGUACCUUUACCAAAGAGGGCUGCCACAGAAGCAACCAGUCAAUGGGACUCAUCCAGCCCAUGGCAACCAAUGGAAAGUUGUUCCCAUGGGCUCAAGCCCGGCUCCCCAUGACCGUCAUGCCGCUCCAUUAUGAACUUCACCUCUGCCCAAACUUAACCUCCAUGACUUUCACAGGCUCAGUAGUCAUUGCUGUUCAGGCAUUGCAGGCGACAUGGAACAUUGUUCUUCACAGCACUGGCCACAACAUCUCAAAAGUUACCUUUAUGUCCAUGGUUUCCAGCCAAGAAAAGCCAGUUGAGUUCCUGGAAUACCCAUUUCAUGAACAAAUCGCCAUAGUUGCUCCCGAGGCCCUUCUCGAAGGGCACAAUUAUUCUUUGAAGAUUGAGUACACAGCCAAUAUAUCCAGCACUUACUAUGGAUUCUACGGCUUCUCCUACCCAGAUGAAAAGAACGAGACCAAGUACUUUGCUGCAACUCAGUUUGAACCCCUGGCUGCAAGAUCUGCUUUUCCUUGUUUUGAUGAACCAUCAUUUAAAGCCACAUUUGUCAUCAAGAUCACAAGAGAGGAACAAUAUACUGCUUUAUCAAAUAUGCCCAAGAAGUCUUCAGUGCAUGUAGGAGAUGGACUUGUUCAGGAUGAGUUUCAUGAGAGUGUGAAGAUGAGCACCUACCUGGUUGCUUUCAUUGUGGGGGAGCUGAAGAACCUGAGUCAUGAUUUAAACGGAACGCUGGUUUCUAUAUAUGUUGUGCCAGAAAAGAUUGGUCAGGUUCACCAUGCCUUGGAAACAACUGUAAAACUUCUUGAGUUUUAUGAGAACUACUUUGAAAUUGAGUAUCCACUUAAGAAAUUGGACCUAGUGGCUAUUCCAGACUUUGAAGCAGGAGCAAUGGAAAAUUGGGGUUUACUAACCUUCCGAGAAGAAACACUUCUGUGUGACAAUAAUACUUCUUCAGUGGCUGAUAAAAAACUCAUCACAAAAAUCAUUGCUCACGAGCUGGCCCAUCAGUGGUUUGGUAAUUUGGUAACGAUGCAGUGGUGGAAUGACCUGUGGCUAAAUGAAGGUUUUGCUACUUUUAUGGAGUAUUUCUCCUUGGAAAAAAUAUUUAAAGAACUCUCCAGUUAUGAAGAUUUCUUAGAUGCUCGAUUCAAAACCAUGAAGAAAGAUUCCUUGAAUUCAUCUCAUCCACUUUCAUCAUCUGUCCGCUCUUCAGAGCAGAUUGAAGAAAUGUUUGAUUCUCUUUCCUAUUUUAAGGGAGCUUCUCUUUUGUUAAUGCUGAAAACUUACCUGAGCGAAGAUAUAUUUCAACAUACAAUUAUUCUGUACUUGCAUAAUCAUAGCUAUGCAUCCAUACAGAGCGAUGAUUUGUGGGAUAGUUUUAAUGAGAUCACAAAUAAAACACUGGAUGUAAAGAAAAUGAUGAAAACAUGGACUCUGCAAAAAGGCUUUCCUUUAGUGACUGUUCAGAGAAAAGGAAAAGAACUUCAUGUACAACAAGAAAGGUUCUUUUUGAAUAUGAAACCUGACGCUCAGCCUUCAGAUGCAAGCUAUCUGUGGCAUAUUCCACUAUCCUAUGUCACUGGAGGAAGAAAUUAUUCGGAUGAUCGAUUGGUGUCAUUACUGGACAAGAAAUCAGACAUCAUCAAUCUCUCAUUGGAAGCUGAGUGGAUCAAAAUCAAUACUUACAUGAGUGGCUACUAUAUUGUAAACUAUGCGGAAGAAGACUGGGAGGCACUGAUCAAACAGCUGCACACAGACCCCACUGUUAUGAGCGACCAAGACCGGGCCAGCCUUAUCAACAACAUCUUUGAACUGGCUGGCCUAGGCAAGGUGCCUCUUGAGAAAGCCUUUGAUUUGAUCGGUUAUCUUGGAAAUGAGAACUGCACUGCGCCCAUCACCGAAACCCUGUUCCAGACAGGCCUCAUCUAUGACCUCCUUGAGAAACUGGGACACGUGGAUCUUGCCUCAAGGCUGGUAACCAGAGUAUUUAAGUUACUCCAAGAUCAAAUUCAGCGUCAGUCUUGGACUGACGACGGCACUGUGUCUGCGCGGGAGCUUCGGGUGGCCCUGCUGGAAUUUGCCUGCACCCACAACCUGGGGAGCUGCCACACCACUGCCAUGAAGCUAUUUGAGAACUGGAUGGCAUCCAAUGGCACUGUGAGCCUCUCUGCCGAUGUCAUGGCCACUGUGUUCAAAGUUGGAGCGAAGACUGAGCAAGGCUGGUCAUUCCUCAAGAGCAAGUACAUCUCCAUGACCUCGGAGACAGAAAAGAAUAAAGUUCUGGAGGCUCUCGCCAGCUCUGAAGAUGUGCGGAAACUUUACUGGUUAAUGAACAGUAGCCUCAAUGGUGAUCCCAUUCGGACCCAGAAACUGUCAUUUAUCAUUCGAACAGUGGGACGACACUUUCCCGGAUACCUCCUGGCCUGGGAUUUUGUCAAGGAAAACUGGAGUAGGCUUGUACAGAAGUUCCACCUUGGCUCUUAUACCAUACAAAGCAUUGUUGCUGGAUCAACUCACCUGUUUUCAACAAAGACACAUUUGUCUGAGGUCCAAACAUUCUUUGAAAGCCAGUCAGAGGCAACCUUCCGACUGCGUUGUGUCCAGGAGGCUUUGGAAGUCAUUCAGCUGAAUAUUCAAUGGAUGGAGAAGAACCUUAAAACCCUGAUGAAGUGGCUAUAGCAUGUUCAGUUGCACCUCACAAUGUCACCCAUUCUGAGAGCUCCAUAACUUGGGCUCUGCUGCUUUUUGCAAAAGGGAAAAAAAAAAAAUGCCACCGUGUGAAGCCUAGAUCACUGUCAAGUUGUUUGCACUCUUAGGAGUUCUAGUUAGCUCAGGGCCUGUCUGUAUUUUUCAUCCGUCUUUUCUGAAUUGUCUAUGAGCAGUGCAUAGUUAUUUAUUAUAGAACUAUCUUCACUUAAACACCAACUAUACACAAUAACAUUAAGUAGGUCUUUAUUUUGAAGGUAUUCAAUUGGGGUUGGAGUGGGCAGGGGGACUCUGCUCUAGAAUCUAGUUUUCUUUCUUAGUACCUAGACAGUUUACCUGAAAUUGACUCAGUAAAACAAGGAAAGCUCUGCCCUUGGAGCAACUGGCUCUGUCGCUGCUUAUUUGUGAACAAUCUGUUGCUACCAGUUGAUAUUGUUUGAAAUUAGUUUUAAAAAUAAUG